AUGAAGUUCGUCGGCAUUGCCCUUGAUGUUAUUCUCGCGGCCGUCGCUACCGCUGGCGCUGUGCCUGUUGCCGAGAGAAGCUGCACGGCAGCGAAUGGUGCUUGUACUGAGAACUCCCAGUGCUGCAGCGGUGCAUGUGGUACUGGCCAGUACAAGGCCCUUGGGAAGUGCAGUCCAUAA